UACGAAAGCAAAAUAAUCAUAAUUUCGAAGUUCCAACUGCGUUCGCUAUUGUAAAUUGCUGUCUCCAGAAUUAAUGAAGCCGCUAUUCAAUUACGAGCUAUUUUACAUGAACGGUUAUCCGAUGGAAUUUAAUUUGUAUGGAUACACCGAUGUUCACAUUCGCGAAAUAGCUGAGAUUAUUGAGGCUUUCGGUGGAAGACUCUCCGCACCAGGAGAGAAUACAAUCAUUUUUUCAUACCCUGGGGCUCCGAACGACGGAAUCUGUGAUCGCUUAGAUAGCAAAUUUCUUUUCGAUAGUGUAACAGCAGGACAACUACAAAAAUUGGAUAACUACAGGCUUCCAUCGACUGGAGUGAACACAGCAAUCAAGGCUAAAGUUUGUGUUUUGGUCAAUCCUGAAACAUCUGCGGCAGCGAAACCUGGCUCCACUAAUCCUGAGGAGGAUAUUGAGAAAUUCAACUCUACAAAUGACCUUGACAAACUGUCAUCCUCAGCUGCACCAGAAACUUCCGCUGGGUCAUCCAAACGUGUCUCAAAGAGUAAAGAGACAAAGAACGAUCUGAUCGAUACAAUUGGAUCUAAAUUAGAAGAGCGAUUGAGAACGAUAACGCACGACAAGAAAAAGAAGAGGAGGUCCAAGUUUCCUUCAAGCGUAGAUGAAAGUUACGCGGAAAAAGGGAAAGUAAAACUUAUUAAAGACCUCAUCCUCUAUUCCAAGGAAGAAUCUACAAAAAUCUUGAAAUAUCUAGAUGAGCAUAAAUCACAGGGUAAUGCCAUAUGGAGAAAAAUGGAGGCAGCGAAG